AUGACACUUCCAACAAACUCCACCGAUGACGCCCUCACUCAGUGCUUCGUCAAUGACCAGAUGAGGCCUUUUAGCGUGCUCUACAUCCUGUUCUUUCUGACCAGCAUGGCUGCCAACCUGGUGGCUCUGUGGGCAUUCGUACUCAGCUAUAACACCAAGAAGAGCAUCAAUGUCUACCUGGUCAAUCUCCUGACCGCUGACCUCCUGCUCACCCUGGCCCUGCCCUUCAAGGUGGCCAAAGACAUGGGCGUGGCGCCCUGGGGCCUCAUGGUCUUCCACUGCCAGGUGAGCAGCGUGGUAAUCUACAUCAGCAUGUAUGCCUCCAUCCUCUUCCUCACCUUCAUCAGCGUUGACUGCUACUUGCAGAUCAGGUAUUAUUAUGGUUUUGAAACUGUCUUUUUUAUUAUUUUAAUAAUAUUAACGUUGGACAAUCUUUAAUUAUUGUGUAAGGAUUAUUAGCAAGUUUUUUGUCAAAUGUUUUGCUAGAAUUAGAGGCACUUUAAACAAUGAUUGAUUGAUUGAUCAGCCAGAGCUCCAGACUGUUCCGUCUCCAGGAAGUGGGCUUCGCCAGGCUGAUGUCAGUGGUGGUGUGGCUACUUGUGCUCCUCAUCAUGGUGCCCAACAUGGCCCUGCCCAUUCAGGACGUCCCAGAGAGGGAGUUCCUGAGCUGCUCCAAGCUGAAGCAGGAGGUGGGACUCCACUGGCACGGCUUCACCGUCUUCCUCUGCACCAUCAUCUUCCUCAAUGCGUCCAUGGCUGUCCUCGUCUCCAACGGCCUGGUGCUGAAGAGGCUGCUUGUGAGCAGGAAGGACCCUGAAGAGCGCCGCAGCGCUCGCCGCGCCACCGUCGAUGUUGCGGCGGUGACGGUGGCGUACGUGGUGUGCUUCGUGCCAUACCACGUGGUCCGGACGCCCUAUACGCUAGCCCAGACCCAGGUCAUCACUCCAGACUGCCAAACCAAGAGACACCUCUUCCUGGCCAAGGAGUCCACGUUACUGCUGGUGGUGCUGCACCUCUGCCUGGACCCUGUGUUCUACUACUACUUCUCCAAGGCAUUCAGACAGAGGGUCAGGGAGGUGUUCAGGAGCAGGAGGAGCAGG